ACAGAUACUUUCGACCGCUUCCGAGCAACCGCGUCGCGCGUUGUCUCUAGACGCUCUCUUCGUCAGUAUUUCGAGGGCGCUCUCUAUCUGGUCAUCAGCCGGCCUUCGUCGCACUCCUUGAACCUCGUAGCUUCGGGCUAGCCUGUUUGCAAGCAACUCGUAGAAACAUGGCUUUGCGAACGUUCGUGCUGCAAAGUACUUCCUUCGAAUUAAUCUUGCCCGGAUUCUUCUGAGCAUUGUACAACGAGGGGUCGGUGCUCGCAUGACACAGCUGAGAUACUCAACGACCAGGCUCUGCUCAGCGCAGUAGACAAGGCCGAAUCGUUGCCAACUCAAUCAAGCAUCCAAAACAUGUCUACCUGCCGAGAACAAAAAAACGCAGGCAUGUUUCUGUCAGGUGCCAACUCCGCACCUCCAAGCCGCUGAAGAACAGGGCCUCGGAGGCGAUUGUAAUACACAAAAUAGAGCAAGGUUAUGAUGCAAACGCCCUAUCUAUAGAACCAUUUGCUAAAAAUGGUAAGCUUGCUCGACCUGUCAAAGUCUUCGAAUCUAGUUCAAGCUCCAACCCGCUCUACCUGGUCAUUCCGGUCAAAAGGACGCGCAUGCAUUCGAUACGGACGUUCAAAACAGUCUCUGUGAGAGAAGAAAACGAGCUCGCUAUCGAAACGCCUUUCAAGAACUGCUAAGUCGGCGCAUGAACCUUCGCUCACCGAUUCUCUAAGAUUCAAUCUCUGCAGUGGAGACUUACCUUUCAACCAAAAAAAACAAGUGCUCAAGUCGGCACAUGGGCCCUCGUCCGCGGGUUCUCCAUAACUCAAGCUUACUAUACAAGCCUGGCUUUCAACAAAAAAAAAAAGUGUGAAAAUAUGAGUCAAGUUUAGAAACAGCACUUGCCUGCUCAACGAGCAUUUUUUACACAUUUUUCAGACAGGUCUGCAUCGCCGAAUGACCGAGUAUCUGCUUCAAAUUAUGACACAUAUCUAAUUUUAGAACCAAACUUGUACAGGACUCAAGUUGCGAUGCUUGUGGCAGGUCAACGUUUUUUUCAAUUUCAGGAAUUUUUUCUAUUGUUUUGACAUUUUAUUCUUGACUGCCAAUAAGAAAGCAUGAACAAACCGCCAUCAAAGAAAGCUAAGUUGUUAGAAAAACUCACCAAGCCCAGAUUGUACCACGUACCUGGCUACUGCUCUGAAAUAAUUUGCAACAUCAUUCACAUAUUAGGCAUAGAAGAAAAAAUUGAGAUUGUCGACGUUGAUGCCGAGACCAUUAAAACGCCAGAAUAUCUUAGCCUCAAUCCUCACGGCACGGUACCUCUGUUCUGCCAUGACGAUCAGAAUAUGGUCGAGUCCGGUGCUAUCGGAAUCUACAUCGCCCAUAAGUACCAAAAUAAUAAGAAGCUGUUACCUAUGGAGCAUUUUGCUGAAGCGCUGCAAUGGGUGUUCUACACGAUCGUCACUCUCUAUGAGUCCGUGACUCGACCGGUUAUGCUAUGCAAGGGGUUUUUCAAAGACAAGAUAGGUUGCGAACCUAACUUUGAGCUCGUGAAGGCGCGUUGGGAAGACCUGGUUGCUCCUUUUAUUGAAAAAUCUCUAGGCAAUUCUACAUUUAUUUUGGGUAACGAACUUUCCCUACCAGACCUUUACCUUUACAACAAGCUAGCGUACCUCAGGGCGAACGACUUCUUUAAGAACCAUCCCACAAUCGAAAAGUACUACACCAAUGUUGAAAAACGAAUUGCAGAACUCAAAUCUGAGAAACAUUAAUUUGGGGCUACUUAUCAACUUGUCAAACUGACAAAGCUCACCACAGCUGUACUUUUUUGACAUAAAAUAAAAACCCCCAUUUAGGCUUUAAAAAACAA